GGUGAAUUGUCCCCAGUUGUGCCAUUUUCUGCUCUUCGCUCCCUCCUCUUAAACUCCGCCUUUGAUUUUUCUCAGGUCGACGACCUCCACUGUUUCUCCUCUUUGAUCGGUGUUUGAUAAAAUGCUGGUGAGAGAGUGUUGAUCCUGUUCUGAUUUGUUUUUCUAAGUAUUGUGAAUAGAAUAGGAUUUGUGUGAGUAGAGGAAUGGAUUCUGCGUGUGCUUUUCAUCUUCGGAGUGUGUUUCACUGUGGUGAUGGUAAUGGUUAUGGUGUAUUGAAUCCACUGCAUUUGAGGUCAAGAGGUAGAGGUUUGGUCUAUGAUGUUUGUGGUAGGAGGAUUGCAAUGAAAACCCGACCUGCCAAGAAAAUGAGUAAAGGUAGUGCGUACAGUGGUUGUUUGAAAUCUAGUGUGGUUUAUGGAGGGAAAUUCAAUUGUCAUUUAUUAUAUAGUUUGGAUUCAAGUUCACCUCUGUUUUGUAGUUUUGAUAAAGGUUUGAGGUUAAGAGGGGUUAAAUCAUGUUGUCAAGGAAAUGAUUCUCUGGCAUAUGUUGAUGGGAACAGUCAGAAUGUAGAAUUAGCAGGGAGCAGCAGUGAUGGCAGUUCAAGAGUGGGGCCCACUGAUGGCAUUGAGUCAAAUGGGUUAGGAGGUGGGGAAAAUGAUGCUGAAGUGGUGACUCCCAGUUUGGAUGAAUUGAGGGAAUUGUUGCAAAAGGCAAUGACAGAACUGGAUGUGGCACGUCUCAACAGUUCCAUGUUUGAGGAGAAGGCUCAGCAAAUAUCAGAAGCUGCAAUAGUAUCAAAGGAUGAAGCAGCAAAUGCUUGGGACAGCGUUAAUAACACCCUCGAUAUGAUUCAAGAAAUUGUUAAGGAAGAGUCUGUCACUGAAGAGGCUGUUCAUAAAGCAACAACGGCACUAUCUUUGGCUGAGUCAAGGCUUCAGUCAGCAGUUGAGUCAUUAGAGGUUAGAACUGGAGGGAGUGAUUCCCCAGAAAGUUCUGGCAAAAGUGAUGUAGAAGAUGACGUCAUGAAAGAAAAUGAUGCACUUUUGGCUGUGCAGGAUCAUAUCAAGGAAUGUCAGGAGAAUUUGGGUAACUGUGAGGCAGAGUUAAGGCGCUUGCAAAAUAAAAAGGAAGAGUUGCAGAAGGAAGUGGACAGAUUGAAUGAAGUUGCAGAGAAAGCACAGAUGGGUGCAUUGAAAGCAGAGGAAGAGGUAGCAAAUAUUAUGCUUUUAGCCGAGCAAGCUGUUGCUUUUGAAUUGGAGGCUGCACAAUGUGUGAAUGAUGCAGAGAUUGCAUUACAGAGAGCUGAGAAGUCUCUCUCAAGUUCCAAUGUUGAUACUGCAGAAACAUCUGGGGCACAGGUAUUGGAGGAAGAUAUUGUUCUUGAUGAGAAUAAGAGUGGUCAAGGAAGUACUGCCAAUGUUAUUGUUGAAAGAGAAAGGGAUACACAGAUUAAUGGUGAUGAUAUAGUUACUGAGCCUUCAUCAGAAACUUUUUCUGAUAAAGCCAGCCAGAGCGCUGAAGUGCUCAGCCAAUCUGAUGAUUUGAGUGAUCAUGAGAACGGAAAGCUAGGUCUAGACUCUUCUAAAGAAGAUGAAGCAGAAGCAGACAAGCCAAAGAAUGCUGUUCUGCCAAAAAAGCAGGAAACUCAAAAGGAUGUCUCUAAGGAGACCUCAGCUCCUAAUUCCCCAAAGGCAUCUUUAAGUAAAUCAUCUCGUUUCUUUUCUGCAUCUUUCUUUUCUUUUACUUACGAUGGGACAGAGUUCACUCCAGCAUCAGUUUUUGAGAGUCUCAUGGAGACUGCAAGGAAACAAUUUCCUAAGCUUGUUCUCGGAUUAUUGCUCUUGGGAGCUGGGGCUGCCUUCUAUGCCAAUCGAGCAGAGAGGAAUGCUCAGCUCCUUCGACAGCCCGAUGUCAUAACUACGAGCAUUGAAGAAGUUUCCUCACAUGCAAAGCCUUUGAUCCAAAAAAUACAGAAUCUUCCUGAAAGAAUUAGAAAACUACUUACCAUGCUUCCUCAGCAAGAGAUGAAUGAGGAAGAAGCUUCCCUCUUUGACGUUUUGUGGUUACUGCUUGCAAGUGUUAUAUUUGUCCCUAUAUUUCAGAAAAUUCCUGGAGGCAGUCCAGUUCUUGGAUACUUGGCUGCUGGCAUCCUAAUUGGGCCUUAUGGUCUUUCUAUAAUCCGUCAUGUGCAUGGUACAAAGGCAAUUGCUGAAUUCGGAGUAGUUUUCUUGCUCUUUAACAUUGGCCUUGAGCUCUCUGUUGAAAGGCUGAGUUCCAUGAAGAAAUACGUUUUUGGAUUGGGUUCUGCCCAGGUCUUGGUGACUGCAGCUGUGGUUGGCUUAGUUGCUCACUUUGUUGCUGGGCUGCCUGGUCAUGCUGCAAUAGUCAUUGGGAAUGGACUGGCGCUAUCUUCCACUGCUGUUGUCCUGCAGGUCUUACAGGAGCGAGGUGAAAGCACUUCACGCCAUGGACGUGCAACUUUUUCAGUGUUACUUUUUCAGGACUUGGCUGUUGUAGUAUUGCUUAUAUUGAUUCCUCUUGUCUCACCGAAUUCAUCCAAAGGAGGGAUUGGUUUUGGAGCCAUUGCCGAAGCUCUAGGACUUGCAGCUAUUAAGGCAGCCGUUGCCAUUACAGCAAUUAUUGCUGGUGGACGCCUGUUGCUUCGACCAAUAUAUAAGCAAAUUGCAGAAAAUCAAAAUGCCGAGAUUUUCUCUGCCAAUACACUUCUUGUUAUUCUUGGGACCAGUCUCCUUACGGCCAGGGUUGGAAUGUCCAUUGACCCAAAACUACUUGUUUCAAAUUUUCCUGUCAUCGCGGGGACAUUGGGUCUCUUACUUGGUGGCAAGGCUGUAUUGGUGGCCUUAGUGGGUAGACUUUUUGGUAUUUCAAUCAUAUCUGCAAUUAGGGUUGGUCUUCUUCUUGCUCCUGGUGGAGAAUUUGCUUUUGUGGCUUUUGGUGAAGCUGUUAAUCAGGGUAUAAUGUCUUCUCAGCUAUCCUCUUUGCUCUUUCUUGUUGUGGGGAUCUCAAUGGCCCUCACACCAUGGCUAGCUGCUGGAGGCCAGCUAAUUGCCUCUCGUUUUGAUCUGCAUGAUGUUCGAAGUCUGUUACCUGUUGAGAGUGAGACCGAUGACUUGCAAGAUCAUAUCAUCAUAUGUGGAUUUGGACGUGUUGGUCAGAUCAUAGCUCAGCUUCUUUCAGAACGCUUAAUUCCAUUUGUUGCUCUUGAUAUAAGGAGUGAUAGAGUGGCUAUUGGCCGUUCAAUGGAUCUUCCUGUUUAUUUUGGAGAUGCUGGCAGUAAAGAGGUCCUCCAUAAAGUUGGUGCAGACAGAGCAUGUGCUGCAGCAAUAACCUUGGAUACACCUGGUGCUAAUUAUCGAACCGUUUGGGCUCUGAGCAAGUAUUUCCCUAAUGUGAAGACCUUUGUUCGUGCUCAUGACGUUGAUCACGGCCUUAAUUUGGAAAAAGCCGGGGCAACUGCUGUUGUGCCAGAGAGCUUGGAACCAAGUCUGCAGUUGGCUGCUGCGGUUCUUGCACAGGCCAAAUUACCUAUGUCCGAGAUUGCAACCACAAUCAAUGAAUUCAGGUCCCGCCACCUCUCAGAGCUCACUGAGCUAAGUGAAGCUAGUGGAAGUUCUCUUGGUUAUGGAUUUUCUCGUGCGGUGAGUAAACCCAAAUCCCAAUUAUCAGACCCAUCAGACGGAAAUCAAGUUAGUGAAGGAACCCUCGCAAUAUAAAAAUAAAAGGGUUUUUUUUUU